AUGACUCCUAUCAUCUCAAUCCUGAUAGGUGCCCUCUCCGGGAUGAUACUGCACCAUGCCGUCUUCAUUCAUGGAGAGUGGCAUGUUUGGGCACCAGAGAUUUUGGUCUAUCAUCUUGUCUACUUCGGGGCCUUGCUUAUGGCCACUCCUCACGCACGGUGGAUGAUUUCCGGAUACCUCAUCGCUCUUUUCUCCAGCAUCACAAUCUAUCGUGUCUACUUCCACCGUCUCAAACAUUUUCCUGGGCCCAGAUGGGCCCGCGUCACCAAGAUAUGGCACGCGUGGAAGUCGAGACACCGCCAGAACUUCCUGGUAUUGUCGGACCUACAUCGCAAAUACGGGGACUUUGUCAGGACUGGCCCCAGCGAGAUCACAGUCUACCAUCCGGAUGUCUUCAUAGCCAUCGACGGACCGCAUGGAGGCUGCGUCAAGUCUGAGUGGUAUGACUUGUUGCACCCCAAGCAAUCUUUGGUGACAGCUCGGGACAAAGAGGCUCAUGGCUUGCGACGUCGACAAUGGAACAGAGGGUUCACAUCGCAGGCCCUCGAUCACUACCAGGAACGCAUUCUACCCCUCAUCGAUCAGCUCGAGCGUUGUAUCGAUGAUGAUAUCAGUGACAGAAAGGUCACUGAAGCUACGGACCUUUUCUACUGGCUUGGCUUUGAUCGUAUGGGAGACUUUAUUUUCAGCCGUACAUUUAACAUGUUGUCUCGUCAAGAGUGGCAUCACAUCAUUCUGCUCAUGCAGCGGGCCCUCUCCCUUCUUGGACCGUUGAGCCCAGUCCCAUGGUUCAUCCACAUUGCGUUCAAGCUUUUCCCUCGAGUAUGGAUUCUGAGGGAUUGGUUCCGAAUGGUGGCCUGGUGCGAGGAGCAGAUGUUGGAACGACUGGAGUCACCGAAAGAAACCUCCAGCAUUCCCGAUGUUGCCCAUUACCUCCUCCAAGAUGUGCGAGAUGAUCCCCAACGUUUCCCAUGGCUCACUGGUGACGGUAUCCUCGCCAUUGUAGCUGGCAGUGAACCCACAGCAGCCGUUCUUGUGGGUUUGUUUUGUGAAUUGUCUAAAGAACCACGCCAUACCGAGAUUAUUCGUGAUGAGAUCAGAGCAAUCGAUAUUGCAGACUCGCGGGCACUGGCAUCAGGUUGUCCUCAUCUCGAAGCGUCCAUUUUCGAGGCCCUGCGUCUGUAUCCUGCCCUGCCUACUGGUGGAACCAGGAAAACUCUGGAGAAAGGUAUCAUGGUUGCAGGAAUGUUUAUUCCACCAGAGACAACCGUGGUUGCACCUAGGUUUUGUAUCUCGCGUCGCGAAGAUAGCUUUGAGCAGGCAGAGAAGUUCAUCCCGGAACGAUGGUACAAAAAUCCCGAGAUGGUACGCAAUAAAUCAAGCUUUGUGCCAUUUGGUCUAGGCCACCACAGUUGUCUCGGUCGCGCGCUCGCCAUGAACGACAUGCGACUCAUCACUGCACGACUAGUCCAGCGAUACCAGUUCAGUAUUCCGCCCGGGGAGACUAGUGAUACGGUUUUGCGGGACUUGAAGGAUCAAUUCACCUCAAACCCUGGUCGCUUGCGGCUGGUUUUCAAGUUGCGCGAAGACUGA